CCGAGUGACCUACUUAGCGCUUUAUAUUAGCAUCAGUUCAUCGUCUUUAUGGUUAAUAAUGGACGUGUCCGUUCUUAGAUUAGGGCCUGGCUUUGUUUUUUUAGGUUUUUUGAUGGCCAAUAUCUGAUUUCUCCUCCAAGAAGCGGUACGAAAACAGAGGCGAGCUUUAAGCGUAGUAAAAACAGACUAGCCGAUGUUAGCCAUUUUGAUUUAGCUUGCUGCUAAACAUGAGUUGUGAAACGUCUGCUGCGUUAUAGUUAGAUUAAUUAAUUUUAUCUAUAUUAGUUCUAAUAACUCUCACACAUUUACACACCAGCUAUCUCAGCAUAGUUACGUUCACUCCUGCAGCUCAUUUGGAUGUUCAGUGUGUCAGGAAGUGACUCUUCAGUUCCAUGUCUGCUGAGGCUUCAGUUGGCAGUCAUGCUGCCGACUCAGCCCAGUCUGCUGUUUCCCAGCCCACCUGUCAGAACACAGAAGAUCUCAGAAAUCGGGGUCUGCUGGGGAGCAAGUACGUCAAGUUAAAUGUAGGUGGCUCGCUGCAUUAUACAACUGUCCAGACAUUAAGCAAGGAAGACAGUCUGCUGCAGAGCAUAUGCAAUGGAGGAGCAGAGGUUACUAUAGACUCAGAAGGUUGGGUAGUUUUGGACCGAUGUGGCCGACAUUUUUCCCUAGUUUUGAACUUCCUGCGAGAUGGCUCAGUACCACUUCCAGAGGACCACAAAGAACUGGAUGAGGUGCUGAAGGAGGCCCAGUACUAUCGAGUCCAGGGACUCGUCCAGCACUGCCUCACUGCCAUGCAGAAACAAAAGGAUGUCUUUGAAAGUGUGUGCCGCAUCCCCAUGAUCACCUCAGCCAAAGAAGAACAGAGGAUGAUUGCCACCUGCAGAAAGCCAGUAGUAAAGUUGCAGAACAACAGGGGAAACAACAAAUACUCUUAUACCAGCAACUCAGACGAUAACCUGCUGAAGAACAUUGAACUGUUUGACAAACUCGUGUUACGGUUUAAUGGCCGCGUCCUGUUUGUCAAAGACGUGCUGGGGGACGAGAUCUGCUGCUGGUCUUUUUAUGGAGAGGGCCGCAAGAUUGCAGAAGUGUGCUGCACUUCAAUAGUCUAUGCUACAGAAAAGAAGCAGACCAAAGUUGAGUUUCCCGAGGCUCGAAUCUUUGAAGAAACCCUCAAUAUCCUCAUUUAUGAGAACAACAGAGGAUCUGGUCCAGGAGGCCUUCACCUUUUAGAUUCAAGAGGGUCUGGUUCAUCACUGGGGGCUGGCCAAUCAGAGGAAGAGGGUGCUACGGGAGGGGACAGGCGAGUAAGACGGAUCCACGUAAGGAGACAUAUAAUGCAUGAUGAAAGAGGACAUGGUCAGCAAACUGUGUACAAGGACUAAUAAUGUGAAACAUCAGGCAUGGAAGAGUGACUUUAUGUGUGUUUGUUUUUUUUGUCAGAAGCAGAAUGAGAGAGAUGUCCUUGAUCAUAGCAAUAGCUUGAGUGUUAGUUAUUUCAUUUUUAUUUCUUCAGAUGUCACUGCAGUACAUGUAAGGGUUGAUGACUGAUUUGUAACUGAAGUGAGAGUCACUUGGAGAUGAAAAUGCUUUUGUUUACAUGAAAAGCAAUUAUGUACAUUCUUAAAAAUAGGAAAUGUGUAAACUUACCUGGGACACGAAACUGGCAUAAAUAUUAGUUUGAAAACCUCCUGCAAGUUACUGAAUGGGCCUCAAAGUCCAACUUCAACUCCACAGGUGGAUUUUUAUUCCUGGCGCAGACAGCCUACUGCUAAUGUGGGUGUUUCAUGAUAUGCACUGGUAGCCUCCACUUUGUUCUCACACUGUUAGUAACUAAUCUGUUUUUUUCAGGUUAUGACACAUCUGUUGCCUUUUUUAUAAGUUGACAGUGAGGAACAGUGGAUGGAUUUCAUGUAUAGCUUAGAAAUAUUAACACUGGAAUAAAACUGAGUAGCCAUUUUUAGUGAGGUUCAGUACGAAUGAGAUUGUUGAGCAGCUCAAUUUUCUUUAUUUAAAUUAUUACUGCUGUUGCUUCCAGAUGUUUUUUAUUAAUUAAUUUAUGAACCUAAUUUAUUGUUUGCUAUUUAACUUUUGUAUUGUUUGCAAUCUUUGUGUUAAGUAGUGCUCAAGUGAAUUUUUAAUUUUUGGAAUAUGAUGCACUCUAUAGCACACUUCAGAUUUUGAAUUUACUUGUGUAAAUGACUAAAUCGUGAACCUAUGUUUCAGUUUAAUGUUUCAAAAGGAACCAUGACCUGUCCACCAUUUCUUUGAUUGUAUUGUAUUGUAUUUUAUUCUGAGCCAUGAUCUUUCGCUUUUUGUCUUACACCAAACCACUGAAAUUUGUUCAAAGUAAUUGUCCACACAGCAGUGAUUUAGGCUGUUGAUCCUAUGUUGUAUUUUUUAUUCCCCUCAGGGAGAGAAUUAGUAUUCUCUUUCUAAUAUUCACUGGUGUUUUGUGCAAACCUAAUCACUCUGAAUACUGCAACAAAAACAAAAAAUAAUGAGAGCAAUAUGUAUCUCACACACUUAACAAAAUCACCUUGGAUUACCUUAAAAUAUGCACUAAUGAAACUUCCGUCCCAUUGUGGUCAUGAAUG